CUCUUCCCGACCCCCCUGCAGCCGAAAAAAAGAGGAACCCAGCCAUGCCUUGGAAAAUUGGUGAGAAAGCUUGGUUUUCUCCUUCCUUUCUUGCUCUAGAACACACCUAGAACCCAGAAAUCUUCCCCCCCUGCAGGAAGCUUCCGGAUCUGCUAUGCUCUUCCCUCUACUGUUCGCCGGCUGCUCUUGUUUGUGGGGGCGAAUUGCUCUGGUUUUUGCCCGUGAGCUUCCUCCCCAAAUUGCCGCCGGCUCUUCCCCAACCUGCAGUCCGAUUUUUGGCUGGAAAUUAUGGUUCUUGAUCCUUGGGGGUGCUUUAGUACGUGAAUUGAGUGUUCGGUUUUAUGCGAGUGAGGUAAGUAAAUUAUGGUAACGCCCUUUGAUUUUAAAAGCAUGUUUUGAUUUGUUUUUGAAGUGGUGGCGGGACUAAACCCGUUUUAUAUAGAAAUGAGCAUGAUUGAUUUGAAAUGAGAUUUUGAUGCUUUUCAUUAAAUUGAGCAUGCCUACUUGAAAGUUUAAUUGAUUGUCCUGAUGAUCUGAAAGUGAUUGGUAAAGUAUGAUUUUUCUGUUAACUUCUGCCUGUUUUGUCUCCGAUGUGGUCAUGUUAUUAGUGACCCUGCUAGUGGGGGAGUUUAUAAACGCUAGCACAUGUCGGCACAUGUCGAUAUGUUUUUGUAAUCCUGCUAGUGGGAGUUAAACGCUAGCACAUGUCGAUAUGUUAAUGAUAGAACCGGUUCGUACAAGUGACCCUGCUAGUGGGGAUUAUACACUAGUAAAUCGUGUGCCUGCCAGUGGGAAGUUUAAUACAUUGGCCAUGACCUAUAAAGGAGACGUCUAUUUCGUUCCCGUACUGUAUCCGUUUUGCAUGAUUGCAUAUGUUGGCAUGCUAUAAGUUUAAUAAGGGGCACUCCAUAUUUACUUACUGAGUUUAUCUCAUAGUUUUCCUUGUCCACCAUUUCAGGAAGAGAAAUCGAGGACGGGGAAACCACGGGAAGUGACGAGUUAGAAAGCUAGCCAUUUCAAGAUUGAUAUAGAUUUUAGAAAUAAAUCGUGAUUUUGUAAGCUAGAGUGUAUUUGAAGAUUUAUGGUAUCAGAGUAAAAUUUAAAGAUUUGAUCUUUAAAUUUUGAUGGUAUCAGAGUAUGAUUUGAUAAGUUCCGAGCCUUGUGCAUUUAUGGGACCCUCUCACGAGUGCACGGCGUCUGCCAUGUCCCCGGAUUUGGGUUCUGGGGCGUGACAAUUUGAAAUUUUUUAAAAAAUAAAUCUUGAAUUUCUUG